AUGAUAUUUUGUUUCAGUUAUUUGGAUUUUUAUGAUAAUGGACAUAGCCCACUUAAUAAAUAUUUUAAUCCAAAAGAUAAACCGGAUUCAAUCCAUAGUGUUAUUAUUGAUGGGGCAUCAAUAAUUUAUAAUUAUUUUAAUCCAAUAUUAGAUAGUCAAGAUAAACCCGAAUCAAACUAUAAUGUUAUUAUUGAUGCCCCAUCAAUGAUGGCUUUAAGGAAUGGUUGGAAAAUCAUUACAGAUGAUAGUCAAUUUUCAAAGGAAUUUACAAACUUGAAUGAAUAUUAUAAAAAGAAAGUAAUUGUCUUAGCCGGGGAUUAUAACACUGGGAAAAGCUAUGUAUUAAACAAUCUUGAAAAACGUAACUUUCCAUCCUCAUAUAGUAAUAGUACACCUGCUCUCGCUUUCUUUGAAUCAUCUAUCGAUCCAUCGUAUGUUUUUAUUGAUACCAUGGGUCAAAAAAGACUAGCAUCCUCUUCAAUGGAACCUGAUAGUCACUCUCAUAAACUUAGAGAUAUCAAAGCAAUGGAUAAUUUUAUGUAUGGUGUUUACGAUAUAGCCGAUAUCAUUAUUGAAGUUAUAGGUCCAGGAAAAAAUACAGAUAUCUGUGCAAUGAAAGAUCGUCAUGCAAGGUAUAGAGGUUUAAAAGAUCCAAAGACUGUUAUUGUUGUCCAUAAUCUUUCAAAUUUCAAAGACCCUGAAGCUGUAGAAAAACAUAUUCGUGAUGAUAUUGUUAAUGGUGAAAUUGGCGGUGAAGAGAAAAAGAAAACAAAUAAUUGCAGAUUUUGGGAUGUCAAAGGGGUUUAUCAUUAUGUAAUGGCAGAGGAAGGUAGCAAAGCUGGGGAUAUCUAUAAUGAAUGCACUAUCAAUUCAAUAAAUAAAGCCUUCAUAGUUGAUGUAAUCAUAAACAACAAAAGAAACUUACUCAGAGAGAUUAUGGAUCUUACUGAGAAAAAAGCUCCAACCUAUUUCAAAGAUCCCAAUCACAAUAAUGAAACAUUCGUUGCAGUUACUAAUGAUAAUACUAAACUAGCUGGUGAGCAAAAAACAUGGAAAAUGACUUUUGAUACAAUUAUGAACAUAUAUCAAUCUUAUAUGGGAACUGAUCAGCCAAAAGAAAAAAAAAAUGAAAAGUACAAUGUAGAAUUUCACAACUGGGAAGUUAUUAAACAUGAUGGUUAUAUUAGAUUAAAAAAUAAUACAUUUGAUCUAGAAUACAUCUAUAGUGAUUGUUGUGGUUUCGACAAAAUGGGUUUUGUUCCAUCUGUCGAUAUUAUAAGUACUGAUAACUCAUUUUCAAUUGCUGUCGACGCACCAUUAUCCAAAGUUUUCUGGUUUUGUAACCGUGACGCCUAUGACAAAAUAUUUCUAAUUAUCGAUAGAAAAAUCCCAUCUUAUUCAAAACCUGAAGAAAGCUUGGAUCAAAGAAAGUUUGGUUCCUACAGAAGCGAGUUCGAGUUGCCAAGAAAACGUGAUUGGAUAGAUUGUAAAGAAUUAGCCGCAAGUAAUGUGUGUAAAGAAGGUGUUUGUUAUGUUUUUAUAAAAGAUAAAAAUUCAUCUAUUGAUGUGGGAACACCAUUCGAAAAUGAACCAAAAUAA